UCAGUGACAGAGAGCUGUGUGUCUCAUACUCACACCCCAGCCUUGCCAUUUGGUCCAGGAAGAAACUAUGUUUAAGUAAUGGGUCUUUUGAUAACCUUUUCUAUUGAACCUUCUGUCUGUCGGGCAUUGUUGUUAAAUGUUGUGUGAGUUUUGCUGCACAUUGUGUAUGUGGGGUUACUGGGAGGCAGGAGAGUGUCAUAGAAAGAGUCAAGUGCGAGGGAGAAAGCUGCUGGGCUGAGUGUGUGAAGGGGGAGAAUAGAAGAAAAGUGUGUGGGUGUCAGAGCUUGAUGUAAAUUCUGCCUUUCCUUCAAGCCAAUGAGAGGAGAGAUCCAGCACCUGCUCCUGCCUGCUCAGUGUUUGCCAAUUUGGCCACCAGACGUUGGUGCCAGUGCAGAAGUGAAUGCUGUAAAGUGAACAUCAGGCCUGUCACUGAUGCCACACACAUGGGAGCAGGUUCUCUCUCAGGGGGCCAGGGCCCUCGGAUAUGACCCCUGAUCUAACUCUCUUCUUUCUGGAUUCUUGUUCUUCUGACCCCUGCUUCUAUCUAUACUAAACCAUGGGUAGUGUGGGCAGUCUUCUAUCUGGGCAUGGGUUCAAUCACAAGCAAGGGAGAGGUUCCCAACAUCGUGGGAGAAAACCACCCCACCUGAAAAAGCUGAGCCGCUGUUCAGAUGGCAUUCUAAGGUUUGGCUUCUCCCAGGAGUCAGGGCAUGCCAAGGGUGGAGGAUCCAAGAUGGGGCGAAGUGAAGAUUUCUUCUACAUCAAAGUCAGUCAGAAAUCCCAUGUGGGUCCUAGGCAAGAGUACCAUGGAGCAGUGACAAACACAGAGCCAGAACCUCAGUCUAGUCAAGAGUACUCAGGUCCACCAAAUAAAACAUGUAACCCACCCAGCAUGAUCCACUUUCCCAACCGUCUAGAACUGGAGAUGAAUGCCCUACGUCCUACACCACUGAAACCUGGAAUGCGCAGGAAUUCAGCUGUCACAUGCUAUCCAGCUGCAGAGAGUGGACCACAGUUAUCUCUCUAUUAUCGUUCAGAUCGUUCUCGGGAAGCUGAGAGUCGGGCUGGACACUGUAUGGGAGGCAUGUCUGAAUCAGGCAGGAACUCCAUGUCCAGCCUUCCUACCCACCCCAAUAAGCUAGGCACUGCAUGCCAGUUGGAUGCUCUUCUAAUGCCAACAGGACGCUUUGGGGGCAGCGCCCACAAUAUCACCCAAAGCUCGAGGAGCAACAUGCUCAGUCUCAGAGCUAUGUCCUUGUCAGAUGGUGGAAAUGCCAACAAGAUUCUAAGUGUGCCACCAAAAUCAGGCUUAAGAUCUCCUCCAUCUUGUGAUGAUCUAGCAAGGGUUGAACCUGUUGAGAACAAAGAAGAAGGACACAGAGGAGGUGUCACUAGGUCCAGGCAGAGUUCUCAGAGGGGCCAGAGAGGUCAGCAUGUCCUUCAAAUUCAGGUAACACAGGAGAGGGAGGCCAAGGAAAGCAAGAUGCGGAAUUAUGAAAAAGAGAGAAAGAUGUCCAUAAGUCCAUCGAUGGAUGAGACACAAUGGGAGGCAUUGCAGAAACCCGGGGAGAUUGCAUCCCUCCGUCAGCAGCUCCGGGAUACUCAAGAAGAGUCAUCGCUCCGUGCCAGUGAGAUUCUGAGCCUAAAGGCACAGCUCCGGGAAACUAAGGGUAGGGCAGAGGCUCAAGAGCAGAGGGCCAGAGAAGCAGAGGAUAGGCUUCGCAUUAUGGAGGAAGACAGGGAGGAGAGGGAGCAGGCCCAAAGUGAAGCCGAGUUGGACACACUGCGGACCGAGCUUGAAGCUGAGCGGCAGAACAAUGAGCAGAUGACGGAUGUGUUCCAGCGUGAGCGCAAGACAUGGCUGGAAGAGAGGGAGAAGGUCAUCCAUUAUCAACGUCAACUCCAGCAGAGCUACCUGCACAUGUUUCAGAGAUGCCAAGCCCUGGAACAGAGGCUUCGAGCCCUGACUGGUGGAGAAGAUCUUGAUGAUGGGCCUAUUCUAACAUUGCCAGAUAUGGAGCUUACAUUCCAGGACAUACUAGCCACAGAGAUUUGACCAGAAAGAGGAAAGGGAGGGUGAUUGUGAAGGCAAGUGAGUGAGUGAAUGAGUGAGUGAGUACCUGUGAAUAACAGUGUGGACUGAUUCUGUAAGUAUGAGUGAAAGUACUUACGAUAUACAUUUUCCCAGGGCAGUAGCUUCUUUUGCUCCUACUUUCAUUUUGUGGUCAAAUUGGACCAUACUAAUUAUUAAUAAAAAUGGCAAAAUAAAAUGCAAAAAAAAAGUAAUGAGAUUAUUUCACCUGUCAAGUGUACGUAAGCAGGUGUAUUUUUAUGGACCGGUUUUGACAUAAUAGUUGAGAUGGAUAAAAAAUAAAACCACAAAGAAGUGUGAAAGGGACCCUACGCCGACCAUGCAUGUAGGCAAAUAAGAAUGCUUGUAUACGCCGUUGCUGAAUGAAAUAGGAGUGCCCUCAUGUGUGGCAGGUGCUCAGGCUAUAGUUAUUACAUAUGAAAGCAGAUCAAGCUUUCCUCCAUUUUUUAUAAUAAUGUGACUACCAGAUGCCCCUCAACAUGGCAGCAAUACAAGCACCAGAAGGACAGCGCAGAUUUGCAAUUUUACCCCCAACUUUUGCAGAUGAGGUUUAUAAGGACAAGAGCAGGCCCGUUAGUGCUCAUUAAACAAGCCUUGUUCUUGCUUUGUCUUGUAGCCCGUGACUCCUGCGGCCUAUUUCUGCAUUUUGCUCACUGGGUUGUGACUAGAAAACGACCCCUAAAAUGUCCAUAAUCUGCAUACCAUUGGUCUAAUAAAUUGCCAGGAAAGAGUGAAUGGGAUGAGAACAUUUCAUAUAGACUCAAAAUUAAUUCAAAUGCUCAAACUCUAACAGAUUUAAUAUUAAAUGGACAAAAUAACUGCAAUUCAUAGCUUGCAAAUGGAGUCUGUUUUUUUUUUCAGAUUAAUGCAACUGCUAGUGAGUUGGGACAAAAGAACAAUGCAUUGGUCUAUUGACAGCUUGAUAUUCUCAUCAUUAGAAUAAGUGGUACCUGGAAAACGAACAACAGAACCAGCAGGGAAGUUACUGAUCUGGGAUAGUGUUAAUGAGUGGGCAUUGAGUGUAUCACAAAAUGUGUAUUGUGUGGUUCCUGUAUGUAUGUGUACAGUGUGCAUUCUGUGCAUUGUAUAUUGGUAUGUGAGUAUACACUCAGCCAGGCUUGUGUGCAUACAGAGCCCUUCCUCUUACCCCACCUUGUGACACUGUUUACUGAGCAUCUGUGCAAAUCACCACAAUACCACAACCUGAUCCAUAUGUUGUGGAGUUUGUGCCGCACGCAAUAACCGUAUGUUCUGUGCACCAUUCAGGAUUGGAAGCUGCUGUAAGCACCGCAGAAUUAUUGCAGAUGUCUAUCAGGGUAGGAGUCAGUGGUAUAGUGCUUUGCCCGAGCCGGUUGUGCAUGGGUUAACAGAACAACACUGCUGGUCUCAUGGCGGGGAACAUGAUGCCUGAAUAACACUGCUGGUGUCUGGCAGAGAGUGUUAAUGGAAUGGUCUCUGGCACCAUAUGUGUCAGCCCUAUUACUGGUAGAUGGAGCAAAGCCUGUACAUGUUAUAACUGCAGUCGUCAGGUGACCAUUUUGAUGCUAAGCCAUUGUCUUUGGGAGGGACCCCAAAACUUCCCACUUCCAGUCGUUGCUACUUUAGACUGUAGAUUAUAGAUGAGUGUUUUCAAAGGCGGGGUGCAUUUUGCAGCCUGGAAGCUGCUAAAAGGCAAAAAAAAAAAAACAAUCUGAGAUUUGAUGUUUAUAUUCAUUUAAAUAAAGAAAUAUUCUGAGUA